AUCGUCUACUUUACUAUUUUACCAGUCUGUUCCGGCGUGUUUGCUCGAUUGAGUAUGUCCGUUGUGGACCGUCGCGAGCAGAACCAGAUAUUGGCGAUUCACGGGCCUCAGAGCUUGAACGGGAUUGAAUGACUAGACUAUAUUAAUGUUGCUGAUAGAGCGCAGAAUUUGGCGGGACGAUUGAUGAUUCACGAUUCUUCUAUAUAACUAGCUCUCGCAUUUCGUGUUGUACUUUUUCUUUUUCUUUUUUCUCUUAUCAUCUGGUAAUCGCAAUCGCAAGUACAGACACCAUGUGCCAGACCAAGUUACACGAAUUCCUUCAGGGCCUCCCCAAAUGCGAGCACCACCUUCACCUUGAGGGUUGCAUGACACCCCAAUUGAUCUUCCAACUAGCCGAGAGAAACGGCGUCAAACCACCAGACCCAGAAACCAACCCAGCCUACGAAUCCAUCGAGACUCUCACACGCCGCUACGGCCAUUUCACCUCUCUCGAUGACUUCCUCAGCUUCUACUUCCAGGGCAUGUCAGUGCUCCUACACGAGUCCGACUUUACAGAUCUCGCAUUCGCCUACUUCAAAAAAGCCCAUGAAGACGGCGUUCACCACGCAGAGGUCUUCUUCGACCCCCAGGUCCACCAGCAGCGCGGUAUCACCUACGAGACUAUCGUCUCGGGUUUCGUCGCAGGAUGCAAGAAAGCCGAACAGGAAUUGGGUCUGUCAACCCGUCUGAUUAUGUGCUUUGUGCGCCAUCUUCCCGUCGAUUCUGCGCAGAAAUUGUACGAGGAAGCUCUUGCGCAUAACCACUUCGAAGACGGAACGCUACACGGACUCGGCUGGUCGAGUAGCGAGGUCGGUCCGCCAAAGGAUAUGUAUCGGGAGCAGUACGCAUCUGCCUCUGCCAAGGGUAUCCCACUGACUGCGCAUGCGGGAGAGGAGGGCGACCCGACAUACAUCAGCACGGCAUUGGAGCUAGGCGCGCAGCGGAUCGACCACGGAAUUCGAUUGGUAGAGGAUCCCGAGUUGAUGGAGCGGAUUGUCCGCGAGGAGGUUCUGUUGACCGUAUGUCCGUUAUCGAAUGUGCGAUUACGGUGCGUGAGUGCGCUGGACGAGGUGCCGAUUCGGAAGUUCUUGGAUGCGGGCGUCAAGUUCUCGAUUAACAGUGAUGAUCCGGCGUACUUUGGGGGGUAUAUUCUGGAUAACUACUGUGCUGUGCAGGAGGCAUUUCAGUUGUCGUUUAGGGAGUGGAGGACUAUUGCUGAGAAUAGUGUGAGUGAGAGCUGGAUUUCGGAGGAGAGGAAGGGGGAGUUAUUGGGGCGGAUUGAUGAACAUGUUCGGAAGUAUGAUGCUGAGGCAUAGAUCAGUGAGCAAGUAAAUAAUAAGUGCAUAUUUUUCUGUAUAUAGAAGACGGAUUGGGAAGGCGGUUGUACGCGAUCAGCCCAUAUUGAUACUGUUCUGGGCUUAGUACAUUUAAAGAUCAUGUGACCUUGAUCUUCUAAAGACGGAAAUUCAUUGCCAGACGAACAACACGGUUUCGCGCUAAUUGGCUGAAAAUUUGAUGCCGUGGUUGUUUUUAGAAUGAGAAACAGCUG